AGCAUUUCACUGCUCAAGGAAAAGUUAGAAACUUUUGAAUGGGCAUCCCUCCUGUGCAUGAGGUCCCUGUUCUUGCAACUAUCCUGCACCUAGUGGUGUCCGAGUGGUGUCCAAUCUGGCUCUUCUUUAUUGGGCACUACUCUCUCUUGACAGAUACAACUGCCUACCUCUACCUCUGGUAUACCGAUGUGCAAGUGAAUCAGACUGCUGUGGACCAAGAGAUUCGAGGCGCUGGCGCCAAGACGCUGGGAGAGUACGUCUUCUGCGUGCAGAAUGACGCCUGCCUCGCAUGGGGGACCCACAACCACCUGGUCUUGGAAUGGAGCGCAAGGAAGUGAACUUUGCCAGUUGGACUUUGAAUGUGGACUACCACGGUCACUGUCUUGAUCUAGAGGGUGGCUACAACUUGCUUGGCAUCGCGAAUUACUUUUGCCUGUUCAUUUGUUGCAGCCUGGUGGCGUCCAGUGUGCUGGUGGUGCUGACCACGCGCGGCACUGACAUUUGCACCGGCAAAUACCUGGCAACGAAGUGGGACUUCGAGAAGACGAGGCUCUUUCGCUCGUUGUCCAUCCUGCUGCUUUGUGGUGUCCUGGGCUGCUUUUUGGUCACUGCCUAUGUUUCCAGGUCUACGCUGAAAUCAGGAACCUUUCAACAGCUGUUGCAAGCUUGGUUGUUCUACGGCUCGGUGGCAUUUGUGCUCACGCUCGUCAGCGCUUAUGCUUUGCUUCCAGGUUGGUCUCCGCGAUUCAACUACCAAAGUAACGACUUCCAACGGCUGCGCUUCAAGCGGACGUGGCGGCACGUCUUCUGGAGCAGCUCGGAAAGCUUUGCACGAGACUUGGAGGAAGCAAUCCUUCUGGCGGGCUGCGGCAGUUGGAAGCGGCUCCGCAACUUCUUGGAGGAUCCCACAGAAGCUCAGUGGGUGUUGGAUGUUUGCAAGAUCUUAGAUGAUGACGAUGACACUGACACACUGUCUCAAUACUCCAGCACUGAAUGCCUGGAAGAUGCUUCCUCAAGCUGAGCUGAUGAGCCGGGCAGAUGCCGCUCCGCUGCGAGGCUUCGAGCGUCCGAGAGGAGUCCCAGAUCGGGGGGCGACCUGAGCGGACCCGAGUAGAUCAGUUUUCGGCGAAGACCACGCGCCGAUCCUGCGGCGAACGGAGGACGUUUCAACGAAGAACCGGAGAAAUCGCUGUUUCGUGCCGAUCGCGGCUUGGGAGGAUGAAGGAUAGAAAAAGGUGCGUGCGAGUGGGCAGAGCGUUGCG